AGUUGAGUCUCUGGUUGUUGAUGUUAGACAGUCGCACAAGGCGAAGCGCCUGCUGCCCGUGUUGAUUCAGCCUCCUCCUCCUCUUCCUCCUCCUCUUCUUCCUCCUGGUCUUCAGCACUGCUCCCCGCUGGACAGCUCCUGCCUGGACACCGCUAACGCUGCAUGGUCCCUUUAAGUCUUUUAAUGGAAGUAAAAUCUAUUUAUGUUUCAAGAAAUAUUGGGAGUUUACAACUUCACCCACGGGAGGAAUCUGCGGAUACCUCGUUUCGAGAUUUGUGGCAGCCAGCGUAUCCUCGGCGGCACAGAUCACAGAUUCAUUGUUAACGGCGACUGACGAGCCGUGUGUACACAGGCUUCAUCUCAAGACAUUUGGUACGAAGGUUAGUUCUUAAAACCGCGAAGCUGCUGUCUACGUGGACAGGUGCUGAAGCCUCCCGUCCUACUGCCAGGACCUCUGCCAAACCCAGAGACAUGGCGACGAACGGCACCAAAACGGAUGGACAAGUCACAGAACUGAACGAGGUGUCCACUAAUAAUGACAAGCCCAAGUCACUGGACGUGAAACCCGAAAAGAAGAAAAAGGAGUUGCCUGACAGAGAAACAUGGGCGGGAAAAUUUGAUUUCCUCCUGUCUUGCGUGGGUUAUGCAAUUGGACUUGGAAACGUAUGGAGAUUUCCCUAUCUCUGUGGAAAAAACGGCGGAGGAGCCUUCUUGAUUCCCUAUUUUUUGACCCUUAUAUUUGCUGGGGUCCCCUUGUUCCUACUGGAGUGCUCCCUUGGUCAAUACACCUCAAUUGGAGGUCUUGGUGUGUGGAAACUGGCUCCUAUAUUUAAAGGUGUGGGCCUUGCAGCAGCUGUCCUGUCCUUUUGGCUUAACAUUUACUACAUUGUAAUCAUUGCGUGGGCCAUUUACUACCUGUACAACUCAUUCACUACCGAUCUGCCAUGGAGCUCAUGUAACAAUCCAUGGAACACAGAGAAAUGUUACACAAACUACACCAUUUUAGAUACCACCAAUUUAACCAGUGCUGUGAUGGAGUUUUGGGAGCGCAACGUGCAUCAAAUGACUGAUGGCUUGGAAAAACCAGGCCAGAUUCGAGUGCCACUGGCAAUAACUCUGGCCAUUGCCUGGGUCCUUGUGUACUUCUGUAUCUGGAAAGGGGUUGGCUGGACUGGGAAGGUCGUUUACUUCUCCGCUACGUAUCCCUACUUCAUGCUGUUUAUCCUCUUCAUCCGUGGGGUAACUCUACCUGGAGCUAAAGAUGGAAUUCUGUUCUAUAUCACCCCUGACUUUGAAAAGCUCAAAGAAUCUGAGGUAUGGCUGGACGCAGCUACCCAGAUCUUUUUCUCUUAUGGAUUAGGACUGGGGUCACUUAUAGCUUUAGGCAGCUAUAAUCCUUUCAAUAACAAUGUUUACAGAGACUCUAUCAUUGUGUGCUGCAUCAACUCGUGUACCAGCAUGUUUGCUGGCUUUGUAAUCUUUUCCAUUGUUGGCUUCAUGUCACAUGUGACAAAGAAAGACAUUGCCGAUGUGGCAGCUUCAGGUCCUGGCUUAGCUUUCCUGGCCUACCCAGAGGCUGUAACCCAGUUGCCAGUGUCUCCUCUCUGGGCCGUUCUGUUCUUCUCCAUGCUGCUCAUGCUGGGGAUAGACAGCCAGUUCUGCACUGUUGAAGGCUUCAUCACUGCCCUUGUGGAUGAGUUCCCCAGAGUUCUUCGAGGUAGACGAGAGAUCUUCAUCGCUGUUGUCUGUCUAGUGUCCUAUGUGAUUGGACUUUCAAACAUCACACAGGGUGGAAUCUAUGUGUUCAAACUGUUUGACUACUACUCGGCCAGUGGAAUGUGUCUUCUGUUCUUGGUCUUCUUUGAAUGCAUCUCCAUAUCCUGGUUCUAUGGUGUAAACAAGUUCUAUGACAACAUCCAGGAGAUGAUUGGCUACAAACCUUGUAUAUGGUGGAAGAUGUGCUGGCUCGUGUUCACCCCUCUCAUUGUUGCUGGUGUGUUCUUGUUCAGCGCCGUACAAAUGGUUCCUCUAAAAAUGGGAGACUAUGUGUUCCCAGGCUGGGGUCAGGGAGUUGGUUGGCUCAUGGCUCUGUCCUCCAUGGUUCUCAUACCCGGAUACAUGGUCUAUAUGUAUCUUGGUCUCAAGGGCACUUACAAGGAGCGACUUCGAAUAAUGUUUCAGCCUCCCGCAGUGGUCAGGCGGCAACAGGAAAAUGGACCAGAGCAGCAAGCAGAAACCAACACUGCUAACCUGUCGAGCCCUGCCAAUGCAGCAAAUCCUGCCAGCCCUGUUAACCCGGCUCCUGUAAACCCAGUCAGCCCCACCAAUUCGGCUCCUGCCAACUCAACCAGCCCUGUGACGCCUGCUAACACAGCUCCUCCACCAGCUAACCCAGCCUCCGCAUCUAGCCCGGUAAAUCCAGCCACAAGCCCCGUCGCCACUAUCACCACCACAACCACCACUGUGGUCAGUCCGCUUAACCCCACCACCACAACUGUAAGCCCAACCAGCCCACCACCCAACCCAACUAGCCCAACAGAGCCCAUUAACCCCCCGAACCCAACAAGCCCGACCUCUAACCUGACCAAUGCUGAGGCCAAUGUGUAGACAACAAAGAAACCCUCAUGGAGCAUGUAAACAAAAGAGAACAUUACAAAGGACUUCCAAGAUUUUAAUUGAUUCACCUACCUCCAGGGGCAAUAUGUGAUCAAAAACAGAUUUCCAACUAUGUUUAAUUUUCUGCAUUUGUAAAACCAAGCCAAUAAUGUCUUAUUGUUGGUUUGCAUUCUGAAAACAAUAUCAAAGACUGUUAGUGUUCACAAAUACAAGAGUAAUUCUGAAUUUAAAAAACGUAAACAUACUGUGUAAUACUGUGAGAAAAGAAAAAAACUUAGAGAUAUAGAUUAGAGAUUUGUUGAAUAUCUUCAUGAAUCAAGUAAAUACUGUGUGAAUAUAGUAGAUGAAGUAGUGAACAAAAUUGACAUCAUUGAAGAGUGCAAAGGAUUGCAUCAACUUUUUUUUUUUUUUGUGGAUGUUUACUAAACCUCACACAGUUGUCUCUUUUCCAAUCGUUGCUCUCUGUGAGGUAAACUACAGGCCGCAAGGCAAACGGGGAGCUUUGAGUAAGCACAAUGUCAAUAAGAAGUUCAUGUUAAGAGCUCUGGAGUAAUCCAGUAUUUGUUGUAAAAGAUUUUGUGUGAGAGAGACUGUUAUUUUCCCUUCCUUUUUUUCAGUGAAAAAAAAGAUAAAACUUUUAUGUGAUCAAAGCAUUUUUAGAAUUAUUUUUAGGAUGUUUUAUACUAUAUGUGUUGUGAUGGAGGACCAAAAUCAGUAGGCAGACAAAAGCAAAAACUAUGCCAUUUAGUAUUUGGUUGGCAAAGCACAGGGUACAAAAAAAGUACAAAAACAAGACAAAAAAAGUAAUAGAAGAAGAGGAAAAAGAUGAUGCACAGGGUUAGAGAAGUGAUUUACAAACAUUGACUAUCCCUUAAUGCUGACAGUCAAUCCUGUUUACGUUUUGCAUGCUUUCCUCAGGAACAUCACUGAAUUUUUUUUCAAAUGUCUCCUGACAAACAAAAAAGGAAAAACAGAGAAGGCCUUAAGCCAGCACACCAAUUUAGCCAAGCCAUAGUCUGUUUACAUGACUGGGCAGAACUACAAAAUACCACUUUUUAUGCUAGCACAAAAAAAAAAACAAAACAAACAAACUAAAAAAAAAAAAAAAAAAAAAAAAAGACAAUACGGGACCAACUCUGUGUUUAAGUCCAGUCAUAAUUUUUUUUUCUCUCUAUGUCUCAUGAUCAGUCAUAGUUUGAUCAAUAUGUAUUCAGCAAUACAUACGUAGAUGUAUAAGUGCAGGCCAGAAAACAAGUGGCCUGUUUCUCUUUUUGUUUAUGUUGUCUUUGCUUUACUAGUAAAAAGCAUAAAGCUUUAAUUUCCCCAGACUUUUGCCAUGGCGUGUUAGGACAAUGUUAGUUUGCUUCUAUGGCAGCUACUGUGAAAGGCAUCUGGUUGAACAGAACAUGUUUACCUUAAAAAAAAAAAAAAAAAAAAAAAAAAAAGCAAAACAACUGAGCGAAAAUGUGAAAUGGCUACAGUUCAUGUCCUGUGAAUUUUGUAUAAAGUUACUCUACCACAGUUUUCUCUGGAAGUUUGUUGUAAAACUGUACUGUGUAAAACAUGUAACUGUGAAUGUUUGUACUACAUUGGAAGUUAUUGUCUAAAUGUUAAAAAAAUUGAGUUGCUGUUUUCUGCAAUAAUAUUUUGAUCACAGAAGCUAAAGCACAUAUCUUACAGAAAUAUAUGAAAUUAUGAUGACGAUAAAGAUACUAAUGAUUAUAUUAAAAAUAGAAACUAUGUCUAGUAAAACAAUAUUGUUUUGUAUAUUUUUAACUGUCUCACUGCCUAAUGUAAAACAUAAUAUAAACAUGAUAUGUAUCUAAAUGGUGUCAAAUGAUAAAGCACGAUUGUUAUGUUAUACAAACAGAAAAAGACUGAAAAAUAAAGAGUUAUAGAAAA